GGAGGCUGAUAGAUAGCCCAAGGGUUCACAGCAUACCGACUCAUUCCAUCAGUACUGGGAGAGCUCUAGUCACUCUUCCUUUCCCAUCAGUGAGGCCGUCGACUUCCCUAUAUUUCUCCCGUUGAUUCUCCUUCUGCGUUCUUCUCUCACUGACGUCCAUACCUUCGUCCGUACUGGCGAUCCUAUAAGAAAUUCCGAGUCUGAAAGUCGUCACAGCAUUUGAGUAUAGAUAGCAAAGAAAUCGAUCGAAACUGUGUUGAAUUCAUGACGGAGAAAUGGGGAGGAGGAGGAGGACUCUUACAAGAUAACAUUAAUAAUAUCUAACUGUAAUUAAAUAUAGAGUUAGAAGGUAGAUUCCAAGACCUAAUAGUGGAAGUCUGUCAAGUUUCAUCUCCACUGGACGUAGAAACAAACCAUCCCGAGUACUGGAAGACCAAUGAGAAGGGCAAAAUCGGUCACCAAUCAGCCACAUUCAACGCAGUCUCUAUUGACCGUAGAAUCUCAAGGUCAAAAAACUCUUCUUUCACACAGACAGAUCAAGGUAAACGUCACAAACUUUCUUAAUUAAUUUCAGUGUAAAAACAAAACAGAAAUCAUUCCAAGUGUUAUAUAGCAUGAAUCCCACACUCACUAAACCACUAUACAAGACUAUACAAAUUAUCUCACGUAUUAAUAGAAGCUGAAGAAUGAAUCCCCGUGUGAGCUCAGACCCCAAGAGAGAUGAAAGCUAUUAACGAAAGACUUUCAAGUAUAAAAUUAAACUACAGAAAGCCUCCCAGUACAUCUUUGAGGCUACAGAAAUCAUCCCAGUGCAUCUCAACACUACAAAAAGCCUCUCAGCACAUCACUCGUAUAUCUUGAGGCUGUCAGCAAAACUCGUAACCCAGCUCCCACCCAUAAACCAGAAGGAGAGACACACGAUCCACUAUCAAGGCUCAGCUCUGAAGAGGAGAGGCAUCAAAAGAACUUAUUAUACCUCGCCCCAGCAAUAACAUGGAGCCAAAGAACGAGCCAAUCACCAGGCCAGGUCCAGGGGUCAUUACUGCUGCUGUUGAUAUAAAGGAACAGGACAGGUGGGCCGGUCCAACGCUACAAGAGAGGGACACUCAGGUAGGAGCCAUCAGCAGUGUCCUACCAGAAGGGGACAUCAAUAACGCCAGUGAUGUCCCAGUGAAAAGGGACAUUCCACAUCCAACCACGAACCUCGAGACGCUGAUCCAUGUACUGAAGGGGAACGUAGGCACAGGUCUCCUCGCUAUGCCUGAAGCCUUUAUGAACGCAGGGCUGUGGGUCGGGUUUGCUGGGAUACCUAUUAUGGGUGUCAUUUGUAUCCACUGUAUGCAAAUGCUGCUAAGGAGUUCCAAGGAAUUGUGUAAGCGGGCAGGGAAGUCGGCCCUUAGCUACGAGGAGACAGCGGAGGCGGCCUUCAGGUUGGGUCCUGAAGGGUGCCGUAAGUGGGCCAACACCGUCAGAUACAUCAUCACAACCUUCCUCAUCAUCACCCAGGUCGGCUUCUGCUGCGUCUAUGCCGUCUUCAUCCCCCAAAAUCUGAUGCAGGCUAUCGAGUGUAUGUUACCGAGCGGGAGCAGUAUCUCGGUAUAUGGUUAUAUGGGGAUUAUAAUAUUACCAAUCCUUCUCAUCUGUUACAUCCCUAACCUCAAGUACCUAGCACCGGUGUCGCUCAUGGCUGGGGCUGUCCAGAUAAUAGGCAUCACCAUCUGCUUCUACUACAUGUUGAGAGAUCUGCCACACGUCCAGGAAGAGCUGCCUGCCUUUGCCGGAUUUUCCACCCUCCCUCUAUACUUCGGCUCAGCUAUCUACGCCUUUGAGGGCAUUGGAUUGGUUUUACCACUGGAAAACAAGAUGAAAACACCUCAAGCUUUUGGCGGAUGGACGGGAGUGUUGAAUACAGCUAUGGUGAUUGUGGUGUGUUUCUACGCAGGCGUGGGGUUCUUUGGUUACCUCAGAUAUGGAAGUUUUGUACAAGGUUCCAUCACUCUCAACCUACCACCUAGUGAACCGUUAUCGCAGACGGUGAAGAUCUUAAUGGCUUUGGCGGUCUACAUGACAUACCCUCUACAGAUGUACGUCCCUUACGAGGUGCUGCGGCCAACUGUGACGCGGAGGUUCACCACACACAAGGGCAAGAUGGUGGCCGAGUACAUCUUUAGGUCCUGCAUGGUGUUCUUGACCUUCGUCUUAGCAGCAGCCAUCCCCAACAUUGGAUUGUUUAUAUCUCUGGUGGGGGCAGUCAGCAGUUCCACCCUGGCCCUCAUCUUCCCUCCCAUCGUCGAAAUAGUGACCUUCUGGCCAAAUACAGGGAAAUACAACUGGCGCAUCAUCAAGGGUGCCCUCAUCUGCCUGUUUGGGUUGGUCGGCUUCGUAGCAGGAACCAUCACCAGUGUUGAAUCCAUCAUCGACUUCUUCAUGAACGGCCAGCAGCAGCCUUCCUACGAGUGUUAAAUAUGUGACUCCACUCUAUGGCCAUUUGAGUCAGAUGUAUGGCCCUUUGAGUCAGAUGUAUGGCCCUUUGAGUCAGAUAUAUGGCCCAUUGAGUAAAAUCUAUGGCACCUGACUCAAAUUUAUGGUCCCCCUGACUCAAAUCUAUGGCCCCCUGACUCAAAUCUAUGGCUACUUGGCUCAAAUCUAUGGCUACUUGGCUCAAAUCUAUAGCUCCCUGACUCAAAUCCUUGUCAUAUAACUGUCAUGUAACUGUCAUAUAACUGUCAUGCAUUUCCCCUUCUAUACUAUCAACACAAAGCUUAAGGGUUAUUGGUUUCACUUAGUGUGUGUGUGUGUGUGUGUGUGUGUGUGUGUGUGUCUAACUUGGCAGAAGAAUUGAUGAGUGUGGUAUGUUAGGGAAGAGAUGAGGUCAAGGUCAAAUAUUAAGUCAAGUGGCUGUUGGUGUGGUGACCUUAACACUUGACCUUUGUGGUAGUUGGUUGUUGUUGUUGUUGGUUGUAUUAAGUUGUUGGUUAUUUAGAUACAAAACUGUUAUUAUUAUUAUUAUUAUUAUUACUAGACUAUUACUAUUAUUAUUAUUGUUGUUGAUAUGGUUCUUGUUGUUAUUGUUAUUAUUAUUGAUCUAAUUAAACAUAGGCUCUAAUAAUUGUGGUUCUGUGAUUUUCGAUAAUUUCAGAAAAAAUAGAAUGUCGAUUAAUAAAAAU